AUGCCUCUUAAGGCACUGAGUGACACCGACCGACCCUUCCGUUCCCAACUAACGCCGCGAUUGAAUAUGAGGAGGAAUUGGACAGUGAAGGUUAAGGUUUGUUCUAAAGCUGAGAGAUCGAGCUUCCCUCUGGAGAAAAGGGGAAAAGUUGUGGAACAUGCAUGUCUGCUCAAAGCAGAGCAGGUUUUGUCUGAUGAGGAUGAACAAGAAACGCUGGAUUAUCUGUAUGCAUUCCAAUAUCAAAUGCGUGGAAUUGCUGCUGUUUCUCUGGGGCGAAUCUCCAAUGACAAAGUGGGAAAUUAUACUCGUGCUGUUUUCAUGCGUUUCCAAGCAAAGGAAGAUUUUGCACAGUUCUAUGAGAACCCUUUCUAUUUGGAAGACUUGGACGAACAUGUAAUGCCAUAUUGCCAUGUAAACACCAUAACUCCUAUUUUCUCUAAGAUUUGA